CUAGGCAGCACAUGGGUUUGAAUGGAAAAUUUCAUUAUUACUUGUCGAAAGUUUAACUGCCUGGUAAGCAAUCCUAUUGUAUUAUGAGCGACAAGACUUCGGUAAUUUGCGACUUUUUGAUCAUUAUCGUGUUCAAGCUGUGCCAUAAUUGCAUAUUGGCCCAUGCCAAGUUGAAAUUUUUUCCUUGUGAAACUCUUUUCAUUUUGCACAUUGACUCUGACAAGACAGCGGCUGUUAAUUGAUGCGCAAGCAAUUUUGUACGUCAAUACUUUCAACUUUCUCCAUAUCCUCGAGAAAAGAGACACUAUAGUAAAAUAGAAUUCUAAACACUGAAUUCUGUGGAGAGAGGGAUUUAGUGUUUGAUCGAAGAGAGGAAAUUUUAUAGAACGCGGUUAGAAAAAGGCUUGGCUGGAGGCCUUUAAAAACCUCGGAUUCAAAUUUACUUUGAAGAAAUUGGGCCUAAAGAAGUUAACGCAAACUAUUCUGAAUUCGACGCGAAAGAGAUACCAACAGAAAAACCUUUGCAAAGAAAAGAUACUUAACACAAGAAGUGACACAAACGUCUUUAAUAUUUUAUAGUAAAACAAGCGUAAGUCUUGACUUAUAAACCUGAACUUGGUGACCAGUUAGCCUUUUCGUCAUGAACAAAACAAAGGAACUUUACUCGGGAGAAAUCGAAUCUAGGACGAAGGGCGAAGUUGUGUUAGAGACCCUAGCAACGAGUGUGAUCUGCAUCAUGGGAAGCCUUGGCAAUUUCGUCACACUUCUCAUCAUCUACAAGAACCCUCGACUCCGCACUCCAACUAACCUCCUCAUCGCCUCGCUUGCCUUUUCGGAUUUCUCUCUAGCGACUUUCCUGGGCAUCCCGUUAUACAUCGCCACCGUCGCCUCGUUCAGGUUCCCGUUUCCAGCGUCCGUUUGCCAGUUCGAGGGUUUCGCUAUCAUUGUCAUGAUCGUUGCUUCUAUUCAGACGGUGGCGUGGACCGCGGUGAAUCGGUUCUACCGUGUUGUAAGACCUACCAACUAUUCGCGCAUCUUCACCAUUCAGCGUACCUCAGCCAUCGUGGUGUUCGUAUGGACGCUAUCCUUGCUUACGCCAAUACCUUACUUAUGCACCGGCGAGCUAUUUGUAUUCAACCCCGGCAAAGGAAUCUGCUUCGUGAAGCCGGAUUUGGACCCCAUGUCUACCACAAUUGUGUUUAUUGUCACCGGCUUUCCAAUCACUGUGACAUUGUAUUGCUAUUUCCGAGUCUUCCUGAAGGUGCGACAGCACAACUCUCAAGUGAGUCAAAGUGCUGUGAGUGCAGAUGAGAUACGCGUCACCAAGCUUCUCUUCGUUAUCGUGUUCGUGUUCAUGUCUUGCUGGACGCCAAUCGUCGCGGUGGAAGUGAUUGAUUAUUAUCAUGCCCGUUGGGUCUUGCCUCGCUGGGUUUACAUUGCGUACAGUUUCCUUGGGCUAAUUUCCAGUGCUGUGAACCCCCUGAUCUACGUUACGCUCAAUAAGCAAUUUAGGGGGGAGUAUCUUACCGUGUUGCGACCUUGUUUUCGUAAGAUGAAUGUGGUUAGCGUGCUGUGAAUCACGCAGUUUUGGCCUAUCUGUGGAGGGACCAGAACAAUGGAUUCUUUUCCCUCAAAAUAAUGACAACGAACAAUGCGACUGGAUAAUAAGUUGCUACAUGCUAUUUCAACUUGAAAGGGGGCUUAAGCUUACUUAGAGA